AUGGUUGUCCAGCCUGGAGGUUUCAAGCCUUAUCGUACCUUGGAGGAAUGCGAUGCGAUCAUCACUACUCCAGGGUCCAUAUUCGAGGUCCAGCAAACUCUUAUUAGAGGCGCGAUGACCAAAGUGUUCAAGAACGCUCCGAAGAACGCACGACUUUACUUUCUGUGGUUUGCAAAGAACUAUGCAGACCGUGAAUUUAUUGUGUUCGAAAAUGAGCGAUGGACGUAUGAUCAGGCAUUUAGAGAUGCUUCCCGUGCUGCUGGAGUCUUCAGAGAUGUGUAUGGUGUACAUAAAGGUGAUCGAAUCGGGAUCGUUAUGAGGAACUUCCCUGAGUUCAUCAUUAGCUUCUUUGCGUGUCAUCUUCUGGGUGCCGUUCCAGUCCUUGUCAAUGCUUGGUUAUUGGGAAAAACAAUCUCGUAUUGCCUAACACAUACUCAAUGCAAGCUGAUCAUUCUGGACUCUGAACGUGCGGAUCGAUUCGAACGGUAUCUUGAAUCUACACGCAUAGAGGCAGGGGCGAGUGGUACGUUAGUCGUCAGGGCUCAUGAAGGCAGAGGAAGCUGGAAGGGGGCUAGAAAUUGGGAGGCAGUGAUGAAGAAGCAUGCAGGGAAGGAAGAACAGAAGAGUUGGUUGAAAGAGCCUGAUUGCGAACCUGAAGAUAAUGGCUACAUUUUCUUUACGAGCGGGACGACUGGGUUGCCGAAGGGCGUAUUAGGCUCUCAAAGAGCACUGGUCUCUUCGGCGUUUCAUAAUCCUUCCGUUUUCUUGCGGCGGGUCUUGCGAGAGAAUGAAUCGACAACUAUCACACCUCCAGCGAAGCAACGUGCAUCGCUCAUCAGUGCUCCAUUAUUUCACGUCAUAGCACUUUGUUCUGGUGUAAUGGCGCGGACUUUCUUAGGAGGAAAGCUGGUUCUGAUGAGGAAAUGGGAUGUUGACGCUGGUAUGGCAUCGAAUAGCGGAUCACCUUUGUUGGAGGGCACUGUCCCAUCCAUUGUUGUAGACCUUCUCGAAUCCGAAAGAUUCAGAAAUAGCGAGCAUGAAUUGGAGACCAUUUCCUACGGUGGCGCUUCUGCCCCAUCCCAGCUCCCGGCAAGACUUUCCAAGCUUCUAUUUCGUUCGCUAGGGUACGGACUUACCGAGACGGCUGCUGGAAUUGCAGCCGUUUAUGGUUGGGACUCGUUUACGCGACCGACAGCCGCUGGAUACCCUAGCGUCGUCAGCGAUAUUCUUAUUGUGGAUCCUCAUACGAAGACAUCUGUCCCCACUGGACAUGUGGGAGAAGUUUGGAUAAGAGGACCAACAGUCAUGAUCGGGUAUUGGAAGAAUCCAGAGGCAACGAGGAGGGUCUUAACGCCAGACGGUUGGUUCAACUCGGAAGAUAUAGGGUAUCUUGAUAGAGAGGGCUUCUUAUACAUUUCAGGACGAGCGAAGGACAUAAUCAUUCGAGGGGGCGAGAAUAUCGAUGCUGUCGCAGUUGAGAAUGCUUUAUAUGACGAUGAGAGGGUGUUGCAGGCGAUCGUCGUUGGCGUCCCCGAUUCGAGAUUAGGCGAAUUGCCAGUAGCAGUUAUUCAUCUCAAGCCCGGAAGAACCGCCACGGAGGAAGAAUUGGUCGCUUUGACCAAGGAGAAAUGUCCGGCAUUCGCAGUACCAGUUAUGGUGAUGUUUGUAGACAAACUUUUGGAAGCGAAUGCUGGUGGAAAGGUACCCAAGAUUGGACCUCGUGCUUUGGCGAAAGGGGAGUGGGCCAGGAGGAAGGCCGGGGCGAAAGUCAAGGCGAAUGCACGGCUCUAG